AUGCAGGCAGGGUCGGAGCAUGUUAGCAAGAAGGAGGAGCAGGAGACUGCCCUGAGGCACGUGGUGCUGCGGCCGACCGCUGCACGUGGCGAUGAGUUGACUUACGUUGACCUGUCAGGGGAGGACGUGCAGCGAGUGGCAAGAGAGGCGGUGGCCAGUGCGAAUGAGAGGCAGGUCAGCGGUGGGAUGGGGCGCGUGCUCUCCCUCUCUCCCUCUUCUGCCUGCUCCCCUCCCCCACACACAGGGGAGCGCGCUGCUGCUGAUCUCAGUGCUGGAGGCACAGUUGGUGGUGCCGGGGUACAGAGAGUUACAUCCUCACUCACACUGCUGCUGCUGGCUCCCAUCCUUGCCUCCCCUCCACACACAGCGCACGGCGCUGCUUUUGAUUUCUGUGCUGGAGGCACAGGUGGUGAUGCCGGAACGAGCAACAGCGAUGCCACGGCUGAUACUUCACAAGGGGCGAACGCGAGUGGUGCCGCUUCUGGUGCAUCUUCAGCAGCUGAAGGGGCAAGGUUGGUGAGUGCGAGUGGGAGGGGGUUGGUGAAUGUGACGGCGUUUGCGGUGGUGGCGGGGACGCAGCGGAAUGCAACAGCGGGGGAGAUGGGUGUGGCGGCAGCAGGGGGGUGUGCCAGGAGGAAUGCGAGCAGCAGCAGCGCUGCUGGUGGUGCUGGUGGUGGCAGGGGCAGUGCAUUCAACAGCAGCAACAGCAACAGCAACAGUGGAAGUGGCGGUGGUGGGGUGGUGGAGUGGGACUUGGCACGGGCCAUGGCAGGGGUGUGUGUGGAUGAAGGGUGGGUGCUCAUCCCUGCUGCUACUCCUGCUAACAAUUCAACGAUUCCCACUGCCCCUAGCAAUGCCUCCUCCAAUGCCUCCUCCAAUGCCUCCACUACCACCCCUUAUACCGACACCUACAAUGGCUUCUCGAUCCGCUUCCUCGCUCUCUUCGCCCUCCACCAACUCAAUCGGAACAGCAGCCUCUCUUUGAAUGUGACUCUGCUGGACGUUCUUGUAGCGAGGGCAAAUGUGGUGGAGGGGGCAGGGAUCAACUACAGCGUGACUGUAACAGCAGCGGUGGAUGCAGGACCUGCAGCGCUGCUGACAGUGCAAAAGCAGGAGGGCGUGUUGCUCGUUGACUGUGCUUCCCCACCCGUGGGCCAUGUCCUCCUUGCCAACUGCACCACACUGCCCACGGCUGGCUUUUCUUCUGUAGUUACAACGUCAUCCUGCCUGCACCAUGCCCUGACCCAUGGCAUGGGGUGGGGAACAUAA